CUUACACUUGCUGACGCGGGAUGAGGGAGGCAGGCCUGAGGGUCUGGCUGCUCUGGGCCCUGAUGCCUGGCUGGGCUCUGGGACAGCCAUACACACCUGUGCACAAGGCUGGCUACUGCGCCUUCUAUGAUGAGUGCGGGAAGAACCCAGAGGUGACUGGCAGCAUUGCCGCCCUGUCCAACGUGUCCUGCCUGUCCAAUCAGCCAGCUGUCUUGGCCAGUGAGGACCACCUGACUUUACUGAGACGUGUGUGCCCCAACCUGGACCAGGGAAUUGGCACCUUGACCUGCUGCUCCACCAAGCAGUUGCUGGCACUGGACGUCAGCAUGAGCAUGACCAAGGCGCUACUCACGCGCUGUCCAGCCUGUGCCGCCAACUUCGCCAGCCUACAUUGCCACAAUACGUGCAGCCCGAACCAAAGCCUCUUCAUCAACGUGACCCGUGUGUUCGAUAGGGGCCCCGAUCAGCAGCCAGCUGUGAUAGCCUACGAAGCCUUCUACCAGCGACACUUCGCCGAGGAUACAUAUGAGUCCUGUAGCCGCGUGCGCAUCCCAGCGGCUGCCGAGCUGGCUGUGGGCACCAUGUGUGGAGUCUAUGGCUCCACCCUGUGCAAUGCCCAGCGCUGGCUCAACUUCCAGGGGGACACAAGCAAUGGACUGGCCCCGCUGGAGAUCACCUUCCACCUGCUGAAUCCCGGGGAGAACCCUGGCAAUGGGCUGCAGCCCCUGAGCGACACAAUCAUGCCCUGCAAUGAGACACAGGGCAACAGCUCAUCUGCAUGCUCCUGCCAAGACUGUGCGGCCUCGUGUCCUGCCAUCCCCCGGCCAGAGCCACUCGAUGCUACUUUCCGCCUGGGCCGCCUGUCAGGUGGUCUGGCCCUAGUUAUCAUCCUCUGCUCGGCCUUCGUCCUGCUGGGUGCCUUCCUGCUGUUUCUGCAGCUGCCCUCGCUGAAAGACAAGCCCAAAGGGCCGGCCCCUGUGGCACACGUCAGCUCCUCAGGCCACAAUCUCCUCGGGAACCUCUUCCAGGCCUGGGGAACCUGGGUGGCGAUGUGGCCUUGGACCAUUCUGGUGGUGUCUGUUGCUGUAGUUGUGGCCUUGGCUGGGGGCCUGGCCUUCCUGGAGCUUACCACGGACCCUGUGGAGCUGUGGUCAGCCCCGAACAGCCAAGCGCGGCGGGAGAAGGCAUUUCACGACCAGCACUUUGGCCCCUUCUUCCGAACCAACCAAGUCAUCCUGACAGCGCCUGGGCGGCCCAGCUACCAUUACAACUCGCUGCUGCUGGGUCCCAAGAACUUCAGCGGGGUCCUCACAGUCGAUCUGCUGCUGGAGCUGUUGGAGCUGCAAGAGAGGCUGCGGAACAUGCAGGUGUGGUCGCCUGAGGAUGGCUAUAAUGUGUCACUAAAGGAUGUCUGCUAUGCGCCCCUCAAGCCGCACAACACCAGCCUGGAAGACUGCUGCAUCAACAGUCUCCUGCAGUACUUCCAAAGUAAUCGCUCCAGCCUGCUGCUCACAGCCACCCAGACGCUCACAGGCCAGACAGCCCAGGUGGACUGGAGGGACCAUUUCCUCUACUGUGCCAACGCCCCCCUCACCUUCAAAGAUGGCACCGCCCUGGCCCUGAGCUGUAUGGCUGACUAUGGGGCCCCAGUCUUCCCUUUCCUCGCUGUGGGCGGCUACAAAGGAAAAGACUACUCAGAGGCAGAAGCCCUGAUCAUGACCUUCUCGCUCAACAAUUUCCCUUCGGGGGACCGGCGGCUGGCCCAGGCCCGGCUGUGGGAGGAGGGCUUCCUGGAGGAGAUGCGUGCCUUUCAGAAGCAGAUGGCUGGGAAGCUUGAGGUCACCUUCAUGGCAGAGCGAUCCCUGGAGGACGAGAUUAACCGCACCACGGCCCAGGACCUGCCCAUCUUUGCAGUCAGUUACCUGGUCAUCUUCGUGUACAUCGCCUUGGCGCUGGGCAGCUACUCCAGGGGCAGCCGAGUGCUGGUGGACUCCAAGGCUACACUGGGACUGGGCGGCAUAGCUGUGGUGCUGGGUGCAGUAAUGGCUGCCAUGGGCUUCUUCUCCUACCUGGGCAUCCCCUCCUCCCUGGUCAUCCUGCAAGUGGUGCCUUUCCUGGUUCUGGCUGUGGGCGCAGACAAUAUCUUCAUCUUCGUCCUUGAGUACCAGAGGCUACCCAGAAGAGCAGGGGAGCAGAGGGAAGCCCACAUUGGGCGUGCUCUGGGCAGGGUGGCCCCCAGCAUGCUCCUAUGCAGCCUGUCUGAGGCCAUCUGUUUCUUUCUCGGGGCCCUGACACCUAUGCCAGCUGUGCGCACAUUUGCCCUGACCUCGGGCCUGGCCGUGCUACUGGACUUCCUGCUGCAGAUGUCUGCCUUCGUGGCACUCUUCUCCCUGGACAGCAGGAGGCAGGAGGCCUCUCGACUGGAUGUCUGUUGCUGCUUUCAAUCCCGGGAGUCGCCCCCAGUGGGCCCAAGUGAGGGGUUCCUGCUGCGGUUCUUCCGCAAGUUCUAUGCCCCGUUUCUCCUGCACAGAGUCACCAGAAUGGUGGUGGUGCUGCUGUUCUUUGCCUUGUUCGCCAUGAGCCUCUAUUUCAUGUGCCACAUCUCUGUGGGCCUGAACCAGGAGUUGGCUCUGCCCCAGGACUCCUACCUGCUGGACUAUUUCCUCUUUCUGAACCGCUACUUCGAGGUGGGAGCUCCAGUGUACUUUGUCACCACGGGGGGCUACAACUUUUCCAGCAAGGAGGGCAUGAAUGCCAUCUGCUCCAGUGCUGGCUGUGAUAGCUACUCCUUAACGCAGAAGAUUCAGUAUGCCACUGAGUUUCCUGAUAUGUCUUACCUGGCCAUUCCUGCCUCCUCCUGGGUGGAUGACUUCAUCGACUGGCUCACUCCGGCUUCCCUCUGGUCAACUUCUUGUUGCCGUAUCUACUCCUGGGGCUCCAAUAAGGAUCAGUUCUGUCCUUCGACUGUCACUUCUUUGAAUUGCUUGAAGACCUGCAUGGGGUUGACAGUGGGGCCCGUGAGGCCAUCAGCUGAGCAGUUCCACAGGUUCCUGCCCUGGUUUCUCAGUGACGUGCCCAACAUCAAGUGCCCCAAAGGGGGCCUGGCUGCAUAUAGCACCUCUGUGAACAUGGACCCUGAGGGCCAGAUCUUAGCUUCCAGGUUCAUGGCCUACCACAAGCCCCUGAAGAACUCCCAGGAUUACACAGAAGCCCUGAGGGCAUCGCGGGCAUUGGCUGCCAACAUCACGGAGGCACUGCGGAAGGUGCCGGGCACGGACCCUGCCUUUGAGGUCUUCCCUUACACGAUCACCAAUGUGUUUUACGAGCAGUACCUGACCAUCGUGCCUGAGGGCCUCUUCAUGCUGACCAUGUGCCUGCUGCCUACCUUUGUGGUCUGCUACCUGCUGCUGGGCAUGGACCUCCGCUCUGGCCUCCUCAAUCUCUUCUGCAUCAUCAUGAUCCUGGUGGACACCGUGGGCUUCAUGACCUUGUGGGGUAUUACCUACAAUGCUGUGUCCCUCAUCAACCUGGUCACGGCUGUGGGCAUCUCUGUGGAGUUUGUGUCCCACAUCACCCGUUCCUUUGCUGUUAGCACUGAGCCCAGCCGGCUGGAUAGAGCACGAGAGGCCACCGUUUCCAUGGGCAGUGCGGUGUUUGCCGGCGUGGCCAUGACCAACCUGCCAGGCAUCCUGGUUUUGGGCCUAGCCAAAGCGCAGCUCAUCCAGAUCUUCUUCUUCCGGCUCAACCUCCUCAUCACACUGCUGGGCCUGCUGCAUGGCCUGGUCUUCCUGCCUGUCAUCCUCAGCUAUGUGGGGCCAGAUGUUAAUCCUGCACUGGUGCAGCAGCAGCCAGCCAAGGAGGAGGCAGUGUCUAGCUCCAAGGAUCUGUCCCCGCAGGAUUCCGUCCUCACCCCUGAAAACCGUGUCUCUGACAACACCUAUGACAACCUCAGCUUCGAGCCUGAAGCCGAAUCGUGUUGGGCACAGGAGCAGUCGGGAGCUGUUAAAGAGACUGGAUCCGGUGCAGGUUCACCGGCCUGAACUAAGGGGUCAUGAGGGUGCCCCUGUGGGCAGCCAGACCCAGGCUACCACUGAGGACCCAGGAGAUUUUCCUCAGGGCCCUCUGUCUGGACAG